CGCUUUCCAUUAAACUUGUGCUCUCAACGCCACUCCCUUCUGCGUCCGUUUUCUCAUAAUCGUUCGGUCAAGUUAUAUCCGAGGACCCUUGCCAUUUCGCCCUUAUAUACAGUCUAUGUACCCUCGUAUCUACAGCAAAUUCUAUCCUAAGAUCCCCGCUCCAAGUACUUCAGAAGCCUCCUAUAACGUGUCCGUCUCAAGCGUCUCAUUUCUCGUUUCUCUCGUCUCUCAUCUAACCCAUCUUUGCUCGCAUUCCCCUUCGAACUCAAGUAGCCGCCUUACAGGUCAUGUUACGUAGACCUGCUUCAUUAGUACUGAAGUGGUUCGAGAAACCGAAUAUAAAGCAUCACUCAAACCACUUUGCAGGCAGAUCAUCCAUAAUGACCAUAUCCACACUCCCUCUGAAUGACGGAAACCAGGUUCCCUGGAUAGCUUUUGGCACUGGCACUGCCCUCUUUCGCAAGGACGCUGAGGAUGCCACCCGCCUUGCUCUCGACAAUGGCUUUACGCACCUCGAUGGUGCGCAAGUCUAUGGUAACGAGAACACAUUGGGGAGCGGUAUAGUAGCUUCUGGCAAGUCCAGGUCCGAGCUCUUCAUAACGACAAAGCUCGGACAAUUGCAGCCUGGUGAAACUCCCAAGAGCGCACUCCAGGAGUCCUUGAAGCAAAUCAAAGUGGAUUACGUCGAUUUAUACCUUGUAAACCAUGCCAGCAACCAUGUCGGGAAGCUGAAGGAGGUCUGGAAAGGGAUGGAAGAGGCUCAGAAGGCGGGCUUGACCAAGUCCAUCGGAGUUUCUAACUUCACUGCUGACCACCUGAAGACUAUAUUAGAAAUUGCCACUAUACCCCCCGCGGUCAACCAGGUCGAGGCUCAUCCAUAUGUAUGGCAAGCAUUGCAGCCGAAUCUUGCCAUCCAUGACCAAUACAAAAUCGUUACAUCAUCGUUCGGUGGUUUAUCAUCUCUUUUCCGGGGAAAAGGUGGUCCACUGGAUCCUGUGAUUGAGCAAAUCCGCGCUCGUUUGGAGAAAACUCGUGGCGCCCCUGUGUCUGAUGGUCAGGUGUUGAACAAAUGGCUCCAACAGAAAGGUGUUCUUGUGGUGACAACCUCGUCGAAAGCCGAACGUAUCAGGGAAUACCUUGACACGCAGAAUGUGCCGGAGCUUACAUCUGAAGAGAUCGCGCUUAUAGACACUAUUGGAGGAAAACUUCACAAAAGAUACUUCCUUGGACACUGGCCGUACGAGUAAGUCAGUGAUUAGUGUGGUGGGACAAUAGAAUUUUCCACAAUUCACAUCGUGUUGGACCGAGCGUCCAGUGGAUCAUACUUCGUAUUUAAUUCUAUAAGUACACAACAGGUAGUCUGAUAUUAGAGUUGUCCAAGCCGAGGAGCUGACUGUGGUACUUAUGAUAUUCGUAUGUUCGCCGUUGUCUUUUCCCCAGCUUCUGAAGGAAAUAAGGCAUGGAUUAGGACAGGAGUGUGUAGUUGGGAGGACAAUGAGCGAUCAAUCGAUCAGAAAGUCCUCAGAUUGACGUCAAGCACGCAUGGCGCUAGACCAAUUUGAAGGACAGGUGGAGCUCAGCUCGGAGCACAGACAAGAGAGUCACGCGAAUUGGUUCCGCGGGAUCAAACGUUCAUAUUGUAGAGUAGAAGGCUAGUGCGGGUGACCG